CUUCUCGACGUCCAUAACUACGAGGACCACUAAUUGCGGCUGGCACUGCACGAUGCGUUCUGACACUGUUUCAGAGACUCAACAUCACGAAUUAUACCAUGGACGGAAUAGGACAGCUGAUCUUGCAUAGCUUACAGGAGCGGUUUGCGUAUAUUGGCUGUGGUAGGAAAGACGUUUGGGUGUUUCCAAGUCUCUACUUGGAAAUCGGAAACUCGAUGCCAUCACCGUCACGAAGCGUCAUAAGGGUGAUAGUUAUGGUUCAUGCAGUCAGAUUACACAGGGUGUAUCGCCCUUCUUCCCUUUUCUUUAAAUGGAUUUUGGCGUAUCGGUCGGGCGUAUCGGCUUGUAGUCAAGAUUGUCUUGAUGGAAUGUUUCGGUGCGUCAUUGAGAUCUCUUUGAGCAGGCUCAAGCAGAUAGACGUCAGAACGAAUGUCACUCCUGUAGAAUCUCUACGUCUCAUCGUUACUCCUGUUGCAGUGCAUUGUCUAUCGAGAAGUGUCAUCACCGUCUGUGUCAGUUCAGGGUAUAAGAUAGACUCAUACAUGAUCUCGGGCACGACAGUCUUCGGCUGUCGCAAAGCCAUCAAAGACAGAUUUAACGCUCACGUUACGAUGAGAAAAGGUGCCUGUGAUUACGCAUUAGGUGAUAUUUCAGAUCACGUUACCCCAUCCCCUUGCGAGUACCAUGAUAUGCAAUCCCAGACAUGGUGUCCAACAAGGUACUACCACACACAAUCAUGCACCUCUACUCCCGCACAAACAAAAUUCUCUUUGCAAAACUCUGCCUAGACUCUUCUUGUACUUCUAAACAGCUUCCCGACUGCUGAACGACGAGCGGUUUUCCAAAUC